AUGGCUGCGCAAAGGCGAGGAUUGCUGCCGCGCGAGGGCGGCUCCAACUCCCCACCCACAGCUCCGGAGGCCCGAUUUGCUCCGCGCCCGCCUAACUUCUCCGUGCCGGCCAUCUGGGUCCGACGCGGCCGAGCACAGGCCACAAGGGUGUGUGCUGGAGGCGGGGCGCGGCCCCGGGGAUGGACCAGCUAUCCCCUGGCUGCAUCUUUGUCCCGCUGGGCAGCUGUGGGCACGCCCGCCACCUCUCCGGCAACCAUCGAUGAGGUGGAGACUGAUGUGGUUGAGAUUGAAGCCAAGCUGGACAAGCUGGUCAGGCUCUGCAGCAGCAUGAUCGAGGCUGGCAAGACCUACGUCACCACCAACAGGCUCUUCCUGGGCGGCGUCCGAGACCUGUCUCGGCAGUGCCAGGGCGACGGUGUCAUCUCGGAAUGUCUACAGAGGUUUGGAGACAGUCUGCAGGAGAUGGUCAACUACCACAUGAUCCUGUUUGACCAGGCCCAGAGAUCUGUGCGGCAGCAGCUCCACAACUUCAUCAAAGAGGACGUACGGAAGUUCAAGGAGACAAAGAAGCAGUUUGACAAGGUGCGGGAGGACAUGGAGCUGUCCCUGGUGAGGAAUGCCCAGGCGCCCCGGCACCGGCCCCAUGAGGUAGAGGAGGCCACAGGUGCCCUGACCCUCACUCGAAAGUGCUUCCGCCACCUGGCACUGGACUACGUCUUGCAGAUCAACGUUCUUCAAGCCAAGAAGAAGUUUGAGAUCUUGGAUUCUAUGCUGUCCUUCAUGCAUGCCCAGUACAGCUUCUUCCAGCAAGGCUACAACCUCCUGCACCAGCUAGACCCCUACAUGAAGAAGCUGGCCACCGAGCUGGACCAGCUGGUGAUUGACUCUGCAGUGGAGAAGCGGGAGAUGGAGAGAAAGCACGCUGCCAUUCAGCAGAGGACGCUGCUGCAGGACUUCUCCUACGACGAGUCCAAGGUGGAAUUUGACGUGGACGCGCCCAGCGGUGUGGUGAUGGAGGGCUACCUCUUCAAGAGGGCCAGCAACGCCUUCAAGACGUGGAAUCGACGCUGGUUCUCCAUUCAGAACAGCCAGCUGGUCUACCAGAAGAAGCUCAAGGACGUGCUCACCGUGGUGGUGGACGACCUGCGCCUUUGCUCCGUGAAGCCCUGCGAGGACAUUGAGCGCAGGUUCUGCUUCGAGGUCGUGUCACCCACCAAGAGCUGCAUGCUGCAGGCGGACUCCGAGAAGCUCCGGCAGGCCUGGGUUCAAGCUGUACAGGCCAGCAUCGCCUCUGCCUACCGGGAGAGCCCAGACAGCUGCCACAGUGAGAGGCUGGACCGCACGGCGUCCCCGUCCACCAGCAGCAUCGACUCCACCUCGGACUCCAGGGAGCGUGGCACCAAGGCUGAGAGCACCUUACAGCGUGUGCAGAACGUGGCUGGCAACGGCCAGUGUGGAGACUGCGGCCAGCCGGACCCCCGCUGGGCCAGCAUCAAUCUGGGUGUGCUGCUCUGCAUCGAGUGCUCGGGCAUCCACAGGAGCCUGGGUGUUCACUGCUCUAAGGUUCGGUCCUUGACACUGGACUCGUGGGAGCCAGAGCUGCUGAAGCUGAUGUGUGAACUCGGCAACAGCACUGUGAACCAGAUCUAUGAGGCCCAGUGCGAGGGGCCAGGCAGCAAGAAGCCCACGGCUAGCAGUCCCAGGCAGGACAAGGAGGCCUGGAUCAAGGACAAAUACGUGGAAAAGAAGUUCUUGCGGAAGCUGCCACCAGCACCAGACCAGGAGGCAGUAGGGGACGACGGGGAGGCGGGGCCCCGGCGCUGGAGAGCAAAAAAGUGCCAACGGCACCACAGCUCCCCCCGGGCACCCACCGCCCGUCGAAAGGUCCGGCUAGAGCCUGCCCUGCCCUCCAUCGUAGCCCUGUCCUCAGCCAGCAUCCUGGAACGCAAGUUCCGCCGGGACUCCCUCUUCUGCCCAGACGAGCUGGACUCCCUCUUCUCCUACUUUGACACCGGGGCUGCUGGGGCAGGUCCACGCAGUCUGAGCAGCGACAGCGGCCUGGGCGGUAGCUCCGACGGCAGCUCAGACGUUCUAGCCUUCGGCGCGGGCUCCGUGGUGGACAGCGUCACGGAGGAGGAGGGCGGGGAGUCGGAGGCAUCCAGCGGCGAGGCAGAUGGGGACAGUGAGGCCUGGGGCCUGGCCGACUUGCGUGAGCUGCACCCGGGACUCCUAGCGCACCGCGCGGCGCGCACCCGGGACCUUCCCGCGCUGGCCGCGGCGCUAGCCCACGGGGCUGAGGUCAACUGGGCCGACUCAGAAGACGAAGGCAAGACGCCGCUGGUCCAGGCCGUGCUCGGGGGCUCCUUGGUCGUCUGUGAAUUUCUUCUACAAAACGGGGCGGACGUGAACCAAAGAGACAGCCGGGGACGAGCGCCUCUGCACCACGCCACGCUCCUUGGUCGCACUGGCCAGGUCUGCCUAUUCCUGAAGCGAGGGGCCGAUCAGCAUGCCCUGGACCAUGACCAGCAGGAUCCGCUGAGCAUCGCUGUGCAGGCGGCCAACGCAGACAUCGUCACCUUGCUCCGUCUGGCCCGAAUGACAGAGGAGAUGCGUGAGGCAGAGGCGCUGCCGGGUCAGCCUGCCCCGCUGACCGGCAGCAGCCCCACCGAACUCCAGUACCGCCGGUGCAUCCAGGAGUUCAUUGGCCUCCACCUGGAGGAGAGCUAGGGCCGGGCCGGCCGGGCAGCCGUGGGCUUCCACCCUGGCACCCGGCCGCUGGCCUGGCCACCCCGCAUGCCUCUGGAGACCCCAGCCCUGCCCAUCCCCGGCCCUGCCUAUGAUGACACCUGGGCCCACUUCUGACAAGCCCCUGUGCCGGGCACUCCUGGGGUGGGGCUUGUCCACCCUGCCCUCCUCCAAACUGCCCAGACCCCCCAGGAGGAGAGAGGGAAUGGUACGGAGUCUUCCCAAACUCAAGGUGUCUUGGGGAGGGAGACUCCAUCCCCUGGUGCCCUUGCCUCUUCUGAGACCCUGUGUCCUCAAGUGACCCAUGCCUUCCUCUGGGCCUAGGUUGCCCACACCGCAGACCACUCAAGGCCCAUGUUGCCUCCUGCCCUCUUUGCCCUUGGGGUUUGGGUCAACUCAUGCGUGCUCCUCAGGCAUGGUCACCUUGUGGGACUGGUGUCACCUCGUGCUCUCUCUGUCUUCAGAGCCUAUGUCACCUCGUGCCCACCUUUACUGCCCCAGAACACUGGUCUACCAGUUGAGUCCUCUUCCCUACAUGCCCCCAGAGCCCCUUCUCUAGGCCCAGAGGCCGGUGGCUGGUCACCAGUGCCUUACCAGGGCAGGGAGGGGCAGCCCAUGCAAGGGUCAACCCCGUGUACCUCACUUAGGGACUCCAGCAUCCAGGCUGGGCUUCGAGGGUGCUAAGCGGGCGGGACUCUGAUGGCCUGGGGCUUCAGCUCCUGCUGGACGCUGGCGUCCUGGGUCCCAUGGCUGGCCACGAAGGCCCAAGGUGCAGGGCUGCCCCAGGCCAGUCCCUGCCCCCUCUGGAGGCACUCUCUCGGGUCCUCGGCCCAGAUGCCUGCGUAAAGCCACUUUGGCACUUCCACCCGCGCCCCACGCCCUUUGUCACUGCCGAGCGGGUUUUCGACGAUGCCCUAGUUCGGACUGUUCUGUAUCUUCUCUCCGUGGACACUCCUGAGGACAUCUUGUCCAGGCGCUGCCUGCAGCCCGGCCCUGCCCCUGUCCCUGCCCGCUUUGCCUCUUGGGCUGGACCCUCCCUGGGGCCUGGGGUCUUUCAGCCACUUCGGGGCCCCAUGAUGCCCUCUCUGUUUCCCCUUUUUGGACGAAGGCUUAGGGCAGCGGCUGGGCCCCCUCCCUAACUAUGGACCCUGGUCAGGCCAGUCAACUGGCCAUUAUGCAAAAUGCUGUCCGGAGAGGCUCAGUGGGUGGCAACACUGACCUGGGGCCCUCCCACCUCCCUUGCCCCAUGGCUGUGAACCCUGAACAGAAAAUCCACUCCUUCCUUCCUUCCUGCUUGAGCUCCGCCCACCACUCGGAUCACACACUGUUAAUAAACCUCUGCGCUUGC